AUGGCUCUCGAACUUUAUAUCCCAUUCACCCUAACCAAAGUACAAACUUUUUGUGGAUUUAUUCUAAGUUUCUUGGGUAUUGGAUGGUUCUUUUUCUUAUCAGCUGUCAUAAGAUAUAAUGCAUCAAGACAGAUCAGAAAAACUAAUUCAGUACCAGUUUUAGAGACUAUAUUACCACUUAAUGUAAUUGAUGUUUUUAAUCUGUUGCGUAUAAAGAGAACAUUGUUAACGGUAGUUACUUGCUUACUGGUGACACUUGGUAUAGCACUCACACAGUUUGAUAGUAUGAUUGUUGUAAAUACUAUCGGUUAUGUUGAAUCAUGUAAGUCAACUGUUGAAACAACUCGGGUACAAAUAACCACAGAGGAUUUUCAGGUUGCAGUUGCAUCAUACGCUGAAACAGAUGCAAUGGUACAAAAAAGAAACAAAAGUGGAGUUCCAAGUGGAGUACUAGUAGGACAUAUUCCAUAUGGCUCUAGUUGGAAAUUUGAUGCUGAAUAUGAUGUUGAUCCUUACCCAUGGAGAAGUUCAUGUUCAAUUUACGCGUCAGGAACAACUAAUGUAAAUAUGAACACUUCUAUAAGUUUCUUUGAAUUGUACCAAAACAGUGACUUGCGUAAAUUAUUGCCAGAAGUACACACUAAUUACGUAUUUGGUAAUAGUCCUUAUGGCUACAAUCACACGAGAAGAAAUUUUAGGACAUAUGUACAUUUCAAUCGCACCGGAAAUGAUCCUGAACCAACAGGAACUGGUUUGUUAACACUAAUAAUAGAAGAGUUUACACGGGGGAACGUUAGUGAGGUUGGAGCUGGAGUUAUACACAGGCUAUGGACACUUAGAGUACCGCAAGAAUACAGAUUGCCUUACCAUCGAAAUAAUCCAUCAAUGACUGAAAUUGUAUCGGUACCCAUUGUUGUUAAGGCACAUACGUGUGAGGUAACACGUAUUAAAGUUGGUAGUCAGGGCAGUGUCAAUUUAUUAGGUGAAAUUGCUGUUGCUUUGAAUGUAGCAGGUGAACUGAUUGGAAGAAAAUAUUUGACAGCACAAAUCAAAGGUACUGAUGAUACAAUAUUGGAGUAUACACCAGAGUAUUGGGCAUCAUAUAUGGAAGUGAGAGAUACAAUGACAGCAAGUGAUUCAGAUGUACCCGUACGAGUGAAUCUUGGAUGUAUUUCAAUUCAUCCCGUAUAUGUUUUCUUAGUACUCAUAUAUAUAUUAUUUAUUUUCAUUGGAAUCAUAUUAUUGUGGAUAAUAUAUAGGAAUGGGUUGGAAAUACCAGCUAGUACUGUUAGUUGGGUUAUUCAUGCUUGCAAAGAAUCUAACUUACCCAAAGAAAAACAAUUCACCAAGGCAGUCAAGCAAGCUGAAUUCAGAGGUCUUACUGAUGAUAAUAUUAGAAUUUUUUACGAAAAUGAUGAACCAACAGUACGAUGGUCACGUGAUUUUCGGGUUUACGAGACGUGGGAACAAAGCAAACCAAACUAA